AAUGUUGGCCGCUACGGCUGACAGAUAAGUGCUAAUAUUGGCCCUUGUCAAGAACAAAUUCAUGAUUACGCAUUUCUUUUGAAACGUUGCGGUGAUAUUGAUGAGCAGAGCUCCCAGAAUUGCCAAGACAGACAUGGCUGCUCCUCUGAAAGAGUGCCCCGAGUUUUCUGCGUUGCAAUCACACUAUGAAGCUGCCUCCAAACUCCAUAUGCGUAGCCUCUUUGAGAAGGAUCCUGGGAGAUUUGAUAAAUUCAGCGUGCAACUCGAUACUCGAGAUGGUACCCUGUUGGUCGACUACUCCAAAAAUAUUAUCACAGAGGAGACCAUGAAACUUCUUAUGAGUCUGGCCAAAGCUAGAGGAAUAGAAAGUGCACGUCAGAAAAUGUUUUCUGGAGAAAAAAUUAAUUUUACUGAGAACCGAGCAGUUCUCCACAUAGCUCUUAGAAACCGUUCCAAUAAACCAAUUAAUGUAGAUGGAAAGAAUGUAAUGGAUGAGGUUAAUGCAGUUCUCAAUCAGAUGAGAAGCUUUACUGAGGCUGUAAGGAAUGGCACUUGGAAAGGUCACACUGGAAAAACCAUUACAGAUGUUGUGAAUAUUGGAAUUGGAGGAUCUGACUUGGGACCACUGAUGGUGACUGAAGCAUUAAAACCCUACGGCAAAAAAGGGCUUAGUGUCCAUUUUGUCUCCAAUAUUGAUGGAACCCACCUGGCCAAGACUGUAGCAACUCUGAAUCCAGAAACUACAUUGUUCAUUGUAGCAUCAAAGACAUUUACCACCAUAGAAACCAUUACAAAUGCAACAUCAGCAAGGGACUGGCUGCUGAAAGAGUUAAAGGAUAAAUCAGCUGUGGCUAAGCACUUCAUUGCCCUUUCUACAAAUGAGGUGGAAGUCACUAAAUUUGGAAUUGAUAAGAAGAAUAUGUUUGCAUUUUGGGAUUGGGUUGGAGGACGAUAUUCCCUUUGGUCAGCCAUUGGAAUGUCAAUUGCUGUUUACAUUGGAAUGGAUAACUUUGAAGCUCUUCUUGCUGGGGCACAUGCAAUGGACAAUCACUUUUGUUCCACACCUCUGGAGAAAAACAUUCCAGUAAUCCUUGCAAUGCUAGGAGUUUGGUACAAUAACUUCUUUGGUGCUCAGACGCAUGGCCUUUUUCCCUAUGAUCAGUACAUGCACCGUUUUGCAGCCUAUUUUCAGCAGGGUGACAUGGAGUCUAAUGGCAAGUAUGUCACACGUAGCGGUGCGCAUGUCAACUACUCCACCGGACCCAUUGUGUGGGGAGAGCCUGGAACUAACGGACAGCAUGCAUUCUAUCAGCUAAUCCACCAAGGAACAAAGAUCAUUCCAGGAGAUUUCUUGGCUCCUGUUGAGACUCAGAAUCCCAUUAGCGGUGGACUACACCACAAGAUUCUUUUGGCCAAUUUUCUGGCUCAGCCAGAGGCUCUGAUGAAAGGAAAGACAAGCGACGAGGCGCGAGCAGAGCUGGAGAAGAGUGGAAAGUCUGGAGAAACACUGGAGAAGAUCUUGCCCCACAAGGUGUUCAUGGGAAAUAAACCCACUAAUUCCAUUCUGUUUCAAAAACUGACUCCGUUCAUCCUUGGUGCCUUGCUUGCUAUGUAUGAACACAAGAUAUUUUGUCAGGGAGUUGUCUGGGAUAUAAACUCCUUUGACCAGUGGGGAGUUGAAUUAGGCAAACAACUUGCUAAAGCAAUUCAGCCAGAGUUGGAGGGCCCUGAACCAGUGACGUCACACGAUUCUUCAACCAAUGGUCUUAUUAACUUUAUUAAAAAACAUUCAGCGAAGUGAUGCUGGAUUUGAAGGAAUGUUAGCCUGGGCUGAGUAGUUUGUAUUUUGAAGAUAUCAAUUAGCGAUGGGGAACGUCACACAUAGAAUAUUUAUAAUAGCUGUAAAGUAAUCUUAUGAAGUCGCCAAGCAAAGAAUUAGUUACAUAUGAUGCACGAUCCUCGCAGUAGAUAGCGCUAUUUAAGCAGUAUGUCAAAGAAUUAGUAUUUGUAAUCUUUCAAAUAAUUGCCAAAAGCACUAAGUAGUUAUCUCAAUGGUCUAAUAGCUAGUAUGGUUUGUUUGUAGAGUCAAUUCCUUUUUGGAACAAUUGCUGAGUGGCGCCCUGUGGCUUCUAGUAGAAGAGCAUAGGGGAAGGAACACAGGGACCCCUUAUUUUCCUUUAAUCCGAUGGUGAAUUACCACCAAACACUCACUA